AUGUGCAAACUUUUUUUCUUCGCAUUCGUUACGGUAGCGGCCGCGGCUAGCGUCAUCCAUGAUGGCACUUGUCCGGAUAUCAAGCCGGUUGAAAACUUCAAUGUAUCGGCUUACCAAGGAGUUUGGUACGAAAUCUCAAAAUACGACACAGCCAAUGAGCAAGGCGGCAAAUGUGCACAAGCAGAAUAUAAAUUAGAAGGCGACGUGGUGAAACUCAAGAACACUCAUAUCGUCAAUGGAGUGCAGACUUCCAUCGAGGGUACUGCUAAACUCGCUGACGAUGCCAAAAACUCAGCCAAACUCCUCGUCACAUUGAACUUCGGAGAAUUCAGCAGGGAGACGCCAUUGCAGGUAGUCGCCACUGAUUACAAGAGCUACGCCAUCGCUUACAAUUGCAAAAAUGAUGACAACAAGAAAAAUCAUCAAGACACAUUGUGGGUGUUGUCACGAACGAAGACUCUUGAAGGCGACGCGAAGACGGCAGUCGAUACGUUCUUCAAGAACAAUAAGGAUCUCGACGCUACCAAGCUCGUCCAAACAGAUUUCUCUGAGGAGGCUUGCAAAUUUACCAGCACUGCAGUCGUUACCGAGCAUAAAGACUAA